ACCAGGAAGUUCUUAAAUUCAGGAAAACUGAAACUUAACUGUCAGUUUUUUGUUUUCUAAAAUGGCAGAAGCGAGUGUUUCUUUGGCUCAGGAUCAGUUCAUCUGUCCAAUCUGUCUGGAUCUACUGAAGGAUCCUGUGACCAUUCCCUGUGGACACAGUUACUGUAUGAGCUGUUUUACAAACUACUGGGAUCAAGAUGAUCAGAAGAGAGCCUACAGCUGCCCUCAGUGCAGACAGACCUUCACUACAAGACCUGUUUUAGGUAAAAACACCAUGCUGGCUGAAGUGGUGGAGAAACUAAAAAAGACUAAACGACAGGCUGAUUACUGUUAUGCUGAACCUGGAGAUGUGGAGUGUGACGUCUGUACUGAAAGAAAACACAAAGCUGUCAAGUCCUGUCUGGUGUGUCUGAACUCUUACUGUCAAAAUCAUCUUGAACAACAUGAGAAUUUAUUCAAAGGGAAGAAGCACAACCUGAUAGACGCCACUGGACGACUUCAGGAGAUGAUCUGCCCUCAACAUGAUAAAGCCCUUGAGAUUUAUUGUCGUACUGAUCAGCACUGUAUAUGUUAUCUGUGUAUGGUGGAUGAACACAAUAACCAUGAGACUGUAUCAGCUGCAGCAGAGAGGACUGAGAAACAGAAACAGCUGCAGAGAAAAUACCAGGAGAGAAUCCAGGAGAGCCAGAAGAAGCUUCAGGAGCUGAGAGAUGCUGUGGAGACUCAUAAGCGCUCUGCACAGACAGCAGUGGACGACACUGAGAGGAUCUUUACUCAACUGAUCCGAUCCAUUGAGAGAAGACGAUCUGAGGUGACACAGCUGAUCAGAGAUCAGGAAAAGACUGCAGUGAGUCGAGCUGAAAGACUCUUGAAGCGACUGGAGCAGGAGAUUGAUGAUCUGAGGAGGAGAGACGCUGAGCUGCAGCAGCUUUCACACACAGAUGAUCACAUCCAUUUCCUCCAGAGUUUCCAGUCUCUCUCUGUUCCUCCUGGAUCUAUAGAUUCACUCAGCAUCAUUGUCAGUUCUUUCCUCUCUUAUGAUGAUGUAUGUAAAUCUGUGUCUCAUCUGAGUGAGAAACUGGAAGAUUUCUGUAGAGAAGAAAUGGAAAAAAUAUCUUAUAGAGUAAAGUAUAAUGACAUCAUUCCCGCCCCUGAACCAAAUACCAGGGAACAGUUCUUACAAUAUUAUCAUCCAAUUACUGCAGAGCCAAACACAGCACAUAAACGUCUCGGUCUUUCUAAGGGGAACAGAGUGGUUACGAAGACAGACACAAGCCAGCCGUAUCCUGAUCAUCCAGACAGAUUUGACUUUUAUCAUCAGGUGUUGUGUAGUGAGAGUGUGAGUGGACGCUGUUACUGGGAGGUCGAAUGGAGUGGUAUGGUGUAUAUAUCAGUGUCAUAUAAGAACAUAAGCAGCAAAGUUAAUAAGAGUUUAUUUGGGAGUAAUGAUCAGUCAUGGAGUUUGAUCUGUACUGGCUCCAGUUUUUCAUUUUGGCACAAUAAUAUUGAGACUAAACUCCCUGUAGUGUUUAGAUCUUCUAGAAUAGGAGUGUAUGUAGAUCAUAGUUCAGGAUCUCUGUCCUUCUACAGCGUCUCUGACACAAUGACCCUCAUCCACAGAGUCAACACCACAUUCACUAAACCUCUCUAUCCUGGGUUUAGAGUUUAUUCUGGAUCAGUGAAACUGUGUGAUCCAGCAGUAUAGAUGUUUUUUACUUAAUAUAAAGGAAAAUUCUGAUCUAAUUUAAGUAUGUAAAUUUUGGAUUGUUUUUCGUUGUAUCGAUGUUGCGCUGUUGUGUACUGGCACAUGCAAUUUAGCUGAACAUGCUAGGUGCACUGCGUGUCAUAUUUUAGAUCAUAUUUAGGAGUUCAAACUAAACAUCAAAAACUAAUUUUUUCGACAGGUAUACGUUUUAAAAUGUAUUUAAAACAGGGUGGUUAUCUUGUCACAAGUUGAGCUACAAAACAGGUAAG